UCUGACUAAUCCCCUAUUUGGUCUGAUGUUUCUUUUGAAAUAUUAGUGUUGUCUAUUAGAUUACAAGAUAUUCUAGACCGUGAGUCAAGUUCUCUGCAAAAUGAGCAAUUAAGUUUGAACUCCACAGCCAUAUGGCUUGGAUUCAAGUUCUGGCUCAACCACUUAUUUAGCUAUGACCUUGACCUUGACCUUAAGCAAAUUACUUAUUUUCUUCCUUUUUUUAUAAUGAAAAUGACAAUGCUAAUAAUAGCAAUAAUUGCCUAAUAGGGUUGCUUCUCUGACUAAAUUAGGUAAGGUACAAAUAAAGUAAUUAGUAGUCAUUUGGUCCUUGGCUAUAUUCAUUUAUUCAACAAAUAUUUCUGAACCUCUUAUCUCUGUGUCUGUUAUAUUGUAGAUACUGGUAUUGUAGAAGUAAACAAGAAAAAGUCCCUGCCUUAAUGAAUUUUUCAUGCUAAUGGACAAGUCAGAUAAUAAGCAUAGCAGAGUAACAUGGAACAGUGACAAGAUCAUUAGUCUAUUGUGUGGGGGUUUGUUGUCGUUUAGUCACUAAGUUAUGUCCAACUCUUUGUGACCCCAUGGACUGUAGCCCACCAGGCUCUUCUGUCCAUGAGAUUUUCCAGGCAAGAACAUUGGAGUGAGUUGCCCUUUCGUUCUCCAGUGGUGGUUUGUAGCCAAUAAAAAUAGUUUACUUUUCAGUUACACAUAAUGCAAUACUCGUAUUUAUUUUAAACCUUAACUUGUGGUGACAAAUAUGACCAAAAGCUCAGGCUUCAGCAAGGAAGACUUGGGUUUGAAUCUUACCUCUGCUCUAAAUUUACAUUUAAUUGAGUUUAAUUAAUAUUUUUGCUUUGAUUUAUUUAUUGUAAAACGUGGAUGAUGAUACCUUUCUCCUCCAGAACCUUGAUGAGAUUCAAUAAAUUACAUGGCAUAUUGCUUGUAGCUUGAAAAUAUGUUCAUUUCUCUUCCCUUCCCCCUCUCUAUUCUAUUUGGUCCACUUUAUUUCUUUUCUUCUUUCUUUGGUCUAUUCCUUUUUAUAUUUUCUUUUCUUCCUAUGAGUAUAUGUUACAUUGGUACAUAGUUGAAUAUAAUCAUAGUAGAAUACAUAUUUUAUCUUAAAAUACUCUAAUGUAUUACAGGUGAAAAAGAAACCAUACAAUGGAAUGGGAAAACCAAACCAUUCUGGUGGAAUUUUUUCUGAAGGGGCUUUCUGGUUAUCCAAGGCUUGAGCUACUCUUUUUUGUGGUAGUCUUAAUAAUGUAUGUGGUCAUCCUUCUGGGAAAUGGUACCCUUAUUCUCAUCAGCAUCUUAGACUCCCAUCUUCACACCCCUAUGUACUUCUUCCUGGGGAACCUCUCCUUCCUGGACAUCUGCUUCACCACUGUCUCCAUUCCCCCCGUGCUGGUGAGCUUCCUCUCAGAAAAAAAGACCAUCUCCUUCUCUGGCUGUGCUGUGCAGAUGUUCCUUGGCUUGGCCAUGGGGACAACAGAGUGUGUGCUCCUGGGCAUGAUGGCCUUUGACCGGUAUGUGGCUAUUUGCAACCCUCUGAGAUAUUCUGUCAUCAUGAGCAAGGGUUCCUAUGUACCCAUGGCAGCUGGCUCUUGGAUCGUAGGAGUUGUCAACUCUACAGUACAAACUGGGUGCGUAGUACAAUUGCCUUUCUGCAGGAAUAAUGUCAUCAAUCAUUUCGCCUGUGAAAUUCUGGCUGUCAUGAAAUUGGCCUGUGCUGAUAUCUCAGGUAACGAGUUCAUCAUGCUUGUGGCCACAACCUUAUUCACAAUGACACCAUUAUUGUUAAUCUUUAUCUCUUACACAUUAAUUAUUAUGAGCAUCCUCAGAAUUCGCUCUUCUGAGGGGAGAAGCAAAGUCUUCUCUACCUGCUCAGCCCACUUGACUGUGGUGAUAAUAUUCUACGGAACCAUUCUCUUCAUGUACAUGAAGCCCAAGUCUAAAGAGACACUUAAUUCAGAUGACAUGGAUGUUACGGACAAACUUGUAUCUGUGUUCUAUGGAGUGAUGACUCCUAUGAUUAAUCCUUUAAUCUAUAGUCUCAGGAACAAGGAUGUGAAGGAAGCAGUAAAACAUUUACUGAGAAGAAAAAUUUAAAAGGGACAGGUAACUUAUAAUCACAAUGUAGAAAUCAAUUAAUCAAUUUUGUUGGUUAGUCGCUGAGUCUUCUCCAACUUUUUUGCAACCCAGUGGACUGUAGCCCACCAGGCUCCUCUGUCUAUGGGAUUUCCUAGGCAAGAAUAUGAAUGGGUUGCCAUUUUCUUCUCCAGGGGAUCUUUCUGAUC